AUGCAGAUCACCAUGAAGCUCUCGGCGCAUAAGGGACCGAGGUCGGUCCUGUUGACCCUGGUGGCCCUGCUGUGCUGCAUCCCUGCAGGGAAGUUUUGUCUGCAGUGUGACCGCACAAUCAGGCUCCUACAUGAGGACUUCAUCCUGUCUGCUGCCAGUGUGGCGGACCAGAUUGAACUGAAAAAGAUAAGAGACCAUGCACAUGUGACCUACCAAGAGACUAGCCGGGAACGAAGUGGAGUUAUUGAUCCCACCACUCUGUACAGAGCCAGCACUGAGUACCAGAGUGAAUUUGAUCGCUUCCAGAGCGCACCGCACACGGAAUCUGUAACAUUUGAUGCCAUUCAGAUCAUGGAAAAAGGCAGGAAGAUCUUAGAGAAACACUUGGACACAUUCAUCCAUGGAGGACUGUGCCCUAACAAGUGUGGGCUGCUGUAUCAGAGAGUGAUGGACUGCUUCUCUUGUCGGUACAAGUUACACACUUGCUCUUCUCAGCAGCACGACUGUGGUGUACACCUGGUGCAGGCCGAGGAGGGAGCCCAGGCCGUGUUGGACUGUUUCCUUCCGUGGCAUACUCUUGUGUUGGGAAGGCCAGAGUACCACUACUCCUGGGCACCUGGGCUGCCUGGAGCGAAAACGCUGGUUGAGAGUGACUUCAAAGUCUUGGUCGUGACUGAGGACUCUUCUGUGGUGUUGAAUCAGCUGCAUGUGGAUGAAAAGGGGACAUAUCGCUGCACGCUGCAGGACCGAAAAGGGACUGUCUUCUCUCAGCUCACUUUCCUGCUCAAUGUCACCUCUGUGCCUGCCGAGACUCGCCGGCCUCUCCUCACUCUGCCUUCCCUGCCUCAUGGAGUCGACUCCCCACCUUUUCAGCGGCCCAAAAACCUGCUUCUGCUGAUCAUUGCCACGAUUACUGCUUUGGGUCUGGUCGCGAGCGUAUGGCUCACAGUUAUUUUGGGCUUGAUGAUAAAGCAACUGAGAGAUGAGGAGCUGAGGACGGCGACAAAACAUAACGAGUCUGCCGUGUGAUGAAGAAAGGGUUAACUUGCAUCACGCAGAGAAUCCAUUCAGUGUUCAAAUAAAAAACACAAAAA